CUGUGCCGUAAAAUUGUUUUGCACAAGUCAUUUUCUUACAUAAUCCAAAGGAAUCUUCAAUUGGGUAUGCUUCAAUCACUACAAAAGUAUACCAGCUAUUAUCUCUAUAAAUAAGAUGAUUAACCAUGAUUCUUCCUCAACCAAACCCCAUAAAACAUCUUCUUUUUGCCUUGGCUCGCUAGCAAAAAAGAAAUGGCUUCAAGUAUUGUUUUGUUGGGUCUUCUGUGUUUCAGCCUGAUAUCGUACCAAGCUAUUGCUUCAAGAACAAUGGAUCCCACAGAAGGCUUCACCUCCCUUCCUCUAGAUCAAUCAAAUUUCGAAGUUCAGUGGCCAUAUAAUAUGCAAGAGGAUCAAAGAUACAGCUUCGAAAAUGGCAUUCGUAGGAUGUGGGUGUAUUCCAAUGAUAAGCCCCAUUUCCCUACUAGUCAUACUAGACCACGUACUGAGAUCCGGAUACAGGGAUACGAUUACUCUUCUGGUGUGUGGCAAUUCGAAGGAUACGGAUACGUGCCAAGCGGCACAUCUGGUGUGUGCAUCAUGCAAGUCUUUGGAGCAACUGGUCAUGCCACAACCCUAAUGCUUAGAACCUACAACGGUGACCUAUAUUAUUACAGUGAUGAAGUCAUUGUCAAGAACAUUUAUGAUAGAUGGUUUCGAGUUAAUGUGAUCCAUGACGUAGAUGCUGCUAAACUGCAUAUCUACAUAGACGGGGCUCUGGUGUAUGAAGCACAAGGACGUGGAGGGGAAUCUCACUACUUCAAAUGUGGAGUUUAUGAGCAGGAUGAUAGUUCUCACUAUAUGGAAUCUCGUUGGAAAGGAAUCAAGGUUCUAAAAAAGAUGUAAUGAUUCUGAAAAGGUAUAAUAUUUAAAGUAUAAAGUUGUGCAUGCAUAUGGAA